UCCAGAGGGGUUUAAUUGUGUCCCUCUAGGCUCUUUAUAUGAGAGCCUCGCCUUCCUCCUUUCUGUUGCUCCUCGUUCCCGAUCCCCAAUUCCGGAUUCUAGCCCCUUCUCGUUCGACCCAAAGAGAGAGCAACCGCCUGGAGCGGUCGUCAGCUCAAAUUCGCCUAUAAUGGAAAGAAUGCGUCGUGGUGUAAGCAGUGGAGGAGGGCAGAGUUCACUGGGCUACCUUUUUGGGAGUGAUGAGACCCCUAAACCUGCUGGAAAUCAAACUCCAGUUGCUGAUGACACUGCACCACCCCUAAAGCCUUCUGAGGCGUCAGCACCUGUUGAUGUCAGCAAGCAGACUCCAGCAGGCAUCCAAGAGAAUACUACAAACAACUACUUCCGUGCAGAUGGCCAGAAUUGUGGCAAUUUUCUUACGGACCGGCCUUCAACUAAGGUUCAUGCUGCUCCUGGUGGCGGUUCUUCCCUCAAUUACCUCUUUGGCAAUGGUGGCAAGUGACGAAAUCAUUGCUGGUUAGAACUGCAAGAAUGUCUUCGAAGAAAUGAAGAAACAUUAUCACUGUUUAGACCUGCUGGUUCCAAAUAAACAAUGUUCCCAUGCUGUUGUUGGAGAUUGAUCAUGUACUAUAUGACUCUACAAAUUAAGAUGUUUUGGUGGGAAUUUGUUCUCCUAACUGAUGAAUAGACAAGAAAACUUCAUCCCUGAGAUGAAAGCAUGUUUCUCCAUUCAUUAUUCGUAUUUGUUCUCUAAAAUUGGUA